AUGGAAGCCCAACCCACCGAAAGCGGCGUCGCCUGCACCUCGGCGGCGCGGGAAUAUGUCGUGGAGCCCUGCUCCGCUGCGAGCGAGUUCGCAGAGGUCGCCGACGAGACACGGCUCUCUCGCUCGGUAGCAAGGGUGUCUAGAUACCACACGGGGACGCGGUGUGCUGUGACGGCCGCGGUGCAGACGUACCCCUCAACUUUUCUGCUGACCUACGGAUGCUCGGGGUGGCAAGAGGCAUGA